CCCCAUUCAAUCCACCAAAUCAACAAUACUAAAAAGUUGAUUCCCCUUCCAAAUUCUCCUACUACUCUUAACUCACCAAAUCUCAUUUUUUAUUAUAAUCUUUGCACCCUUACAUUCUAGCUAAUUAUUCUCCACAACAAUGGUGACUGUGGAGGAGAUUCGUAAGGCUCAACGUUCCAAUGGCCCUGCCACUAUCUUGGCUUUUGGCACUGCCACUCCUUCUCACUGUGUCACUCAAGCUGAAUAUCCUGAUUACUACUUUCGUAUCACCAACAGUGAGCACAUGACUGACCUUAAGGAAAAAUUCAAGCGCAUGUGUGAAAAAUCGAUGAUAAAGAAACGUUACAUGCACAUAACAGAAGAAUUUCUGAAAGAGAAUCCAAACAUGUGUGCAUACAUGGCACCAUCACUAGACGCAAGACAAGAUUUAGUGGUAGUGGAAGUACCAAAGCUAGGUAAAGAUGCUGCAAAAAAAGCCAUAGCUGAAUGGGGUCAACCAAAAUCCAAAAUCACCCACGUAGUUUUCUGCACAACUUCUGGUGUAGACAUGCCGGGUGCCGAUUACCAACUCACUAAACUCUUAGGCCUAAAACCAUCUGUCAAACGUCUCAUGAUGUAUCAACAAGGUUGUUUCGCAGGCGGCACAGUUCUCCGCUUAGCGAAAGAUCUUGCUGAGAAUAACAAAAAUGCAAGAGUUCUUGUUGUUUGUUCUGAAAUCACUGCAGUUACUUUCCGUGGUCCAUCAGAUACUCAUUUAGAUUCACUUGUAGGACAGGCGCUCUUCGGUGAUGGAGCCGCAGCAAUGAUUAUUGGUGCGGAUCCAGAUUUAACCGUGGAGCGUCCGAUUUUUGAGAUUGUCUCGGCUGCUCAGACUAUUCUUCCUGAUUCUGAUGGCGCGAUUGACGGACAUCUCCGUGAAGUUGGGCUCACUUUUCAUCUUCUCAAAGAUGUUCCUGGAAUUAUCUCAAAGAAUAUUGAAAAGAGUUUGGUUGAGGCUUUUGCACCAAUUGGAAUAAGUGAUUGGAAUUCGAUCUUUUGGGUUGCACAUCCAGGUGGACCGGCUAUUUUAGACCAGGUUGAAGAAAAACUCCGUCUUAAGGAGGAGAAACUCCGGUCCACCCGGCACGUGCUUAGUGAAUAUGGAAAUAUGUCGAGUGCUUGUGUUUUGUUUAUUUUGGAUGAAAUGAGAAAGAGGUCUAAGGAGGAAGGAAAGAUUACAACCGGUGAAGGGUUGGAAUGGGGUGUUUUGUUUGGGUUUGGACCGGGUUUAACCGUUGAGACAGUUGUGCUUCAUAGUGUUCCGGUUCAGGGUUAAAUUUGAUAGAUUGGGAAAUAAAAUUUGCAUGUUGAGAACUGCGAACGAACUCUAAAGGCAUGCUCAAAUAAAAAGUUUGAGAUAAUAUUGUGUUUUUAUUAUUAUGAUGAUUUAUUUAUUUUUGAGAGGUUGUUAUUAUGAUUUUAACUAGUCGUGUAAUGUAAUGGUUUUUCUUUUUUUGAAAUUCAUGUAAUGUAAUUAAUGUUUUUGCAA